AUGCGACUGGUAAUCCUUGUGUGCCAGCUUUGCCUCAUUCUGAGGAUCGAGGCCCAGACGCCAGAAGUUUGCAUUACUAGCCCUACAAACAGACCUCCAGAAAAUGCUGACAUAACUGUGACCUGUGGCACUGAGUAUAUGGACCUGAGCAUCUACAUAUGUCCGAUGUACCAAGCUCUUUACAAUGAGUCUCAGAUGGUCCUCAAUAAUCAGAAAAGCACACCAGAGUGUUAUGGGACCGCUGACUGGGACGCGGUCCCACCAGUUUUAAAAUUCAGAUUCCCCCUGAAUGGCAGUUCUAUCUCUUCCUGCAAUAAUGACUUUAAGAUAACCAACCAGGUUGGGACUGGACAGUUUUCUGACUUCUCAAGCGUUGAGUAUGUCAACAUCUCUGGCACUGUUAUCUCUCUAGACCCCUCUGCGGGUAUGAUCACUUAUCGCUCGCAGAUCCAGUACAAGUUCUCCUGCUUCUAUCCGAUGCAGUAUCUCCUGAACAACACUCAACUGGACGUAUCAGGUGUGAAUAUUGCCAUAAAAGACAACAAUGGUACCUUCAUUAGCACACUGAGUAUGGAGCUCUACCAAGAUGAGCUCUACCAACAGAAACUUGAUAUCCCAACAUCAGGACUAAAUCUGAAGACCAAGAUUUAUGUUGCGGUUAAGGCUACCAAUCUAACUGAAAGGUUCAACGUGCUGCUGGACAGAUGUUUCGCAACACCAACUCCAUAUCCCAUGUUGAUCACCUUUUAUGACCUCUUUGUAGGGUGUCAAGGUGAUGCUCAAACUAAGGUGGAGAUAAAUGGGGUGUCUCAGAUAGCACACUUCUCCUUUGAGGCCUUCAGAUUUGUGAUGGAUAAAAAUAAGACAAUUUCCACUUUCUACAUUCACUGCGUCACCAGGCUCUGUGAGGUGUCCUCGUGUAGCCAAUUACUGCCGAACUGUGGACCAACCACAGGAAGGAGAAAGAGAGAGGCACCAGAUGUGUUGGCCAACGCUACAGUGACCUCGCCUGUCAUUGUUGUGGGGAAACAAAGCAGUGGAGAAGCUCAAACUUUCUCUGCUUCUUACGACUUGCCAUCUGAGAGCAACUACAGCGGCCCCGUGGUGGCUGUUAUCGUCUGCAUCGUCAUCUUAUCAAUUCUCCUUGUCGCCAUGGCUGCGUACUUUGUGUUGUAUGUCAGAAGAAAGCCAUUCAUCCAGUAA